GUCGGUUAACAGAAUUGUUUUGUUGUUCACCACCUUGUAAUCUUAUUUGUUGAUUUCAACAUACCAUUAGGUUUACAUUUACUCAGUUGUUUUUUUAUAGACAGAAGCAUCUUAAUAAAAGGAGGCAACAAAUAAUUCAAUUUAAAAGACAUCAGGUUGAUUCUCGUAAUACAUUAUAAGUGAAUUCUGCUAAAAAUCACAGAAUGGAACACAAGACUAGUACAACUUCCACAUCAUACAAGCUUGAGCGUAAAUGGAGCCUAGUUAAUGCCUUGGCAAAGGAAUUGGCUGAUAUAGGAGAUGAAAUUAAUGGGAGACUUUCGUAUACUCUUGAUGGUCUAUCCUAUUCAAACGAAUUGGCCGUGAUAAAAACAUUUUCAAAUUCACCUGGGACAUUUCAACAUUCUGAUUAUCUGAGUUGUAAAAUUGGAUUCAAUUCAAAGGGUGAAGUUACUCGUUUAUUUUACUAUGCUACACCUGUACUGGUUGUAGCCUACUUAUUCUAUCGAAGAAUGAGUUAAAAUAGUACCUCAUCUGGAUGACAUUACACAGAUUUUAUUGUUUGAACUAACAAUCAGAUAUCAGAUGUCUACUCUUAUCCACUUAAGCAAAAGGAAUUUAUUCAGCAAGAUGAAAACAAUCCCCGAAUUGUCAGAUUCCAAAUUUCUUAAUAAAAUGGAAUAUCGAG